AUGGUAACGCUGAGGUUGAUGUGGGGACUCCUGGUCCUGUGUGUGGUGGCAGCCUCUCCCCGCAGAUACACCCGACAAGCAGAACUAGAUAACUAUGACAACAACAAUGUGGAUUUAGACCUGAAUGUGGAUGGUGAUGAUGUCUAUGACUAUUACGAUGGAAUUGAUGAACCACAGAUAGAGAUUGGCACCUUGAGCCCUGAUGAGGAUAUUGAUCCUUCACAUCAUGCCUCAUUGGAGGAGGAAGAAGAGGAGGAGGUGGAGCAUGAAGAACGGACAGUUGAGGGGAGAGAAGACAAGGAAUUACCCAUAAAGCCUCAGCUUAUUCCAUCAGGCUCUGGGGAGUCAGGGACUCUGAUGGGCCCUAGUGCACAGGGAGAGGAGGAGCUUCGUCUGACGCCCAUUGACAUCCUUCAGAUUUCUGGGGACUUUUCGGGUUCUGGUGACUUGGGCUCUGGAGACUUACUUCAUGACAAAGAUUCCGGUUCUGGAGAGCCUUUGGGCUCUGGAGGUUCUGGGGCCUCUGGUGACAUAUCAGGUUCUGUGGAGUCAGAGGACCUUGGUUCUGGAGUCUCUGGGCUUUCUGGUUCAGGCAUAAUAUUGAUCUCAGGUGGAGAGGAGGAGCUCCACUUGACGCUUGAAACCAUUCCACACGAGGCCUCUGGGGAUUUUGGGGAGUCUGGAAUCUCUUGGGUGUCUGGAGCUUCUGGGUUACCUGAGCUGUCAGGAGAGCCUUCAGCCUCUGGGGUUCUUGAGAUAUCUGGAGAGCCUGUGGCUUCUGGGGUACUUGAGGUAUCAGGAGAACCUGGGGCCUCUGGAGUACCUGAGCUGUCAGGAGAGUCUGGGGCAUCUGGGGUACCUGAGGUGUCAGGAGAACCUGGGGUCUCUGGGGUAUCUGAGGUGUCAGGAGAAUCUGGGGUUCCAGAGGUUUCAGGAGAGCCUGGGGCCUCUGGCGUACCUGAAAUGUCAGGCGAGUCUGGGCUCUCUGGGGUGCCAGACGUAUCGGGAGAGUCUGGGACCUCCGGGGUGCCUGAGGUGUCUGGAGAGUCUGGGAUCUCUGGGGUGAAUGAGGUGUCUGGAGAGUCUGGGAUCUCUGGGUUGAAUGAGGUGUCUGGAGAGCCUGUGAUCUCUGUGCUGCCUGAGUUCCCUGGAAAGUCUGGAAACUUUGAUUUGUUUGGAGAGUCUGGGGUCCCCGAGGAGACUAAACAGCCCGAGGUCACUUUCGAGUCAGGAGAGUCUGGGAGCCCAGAAGAGUCUGGGGUGACUGAGGCCCCAGACGUCACCACUGAAAUAUUAAUACCUGACUUAGAUGAAGAGGAGGAGAUACUCCUAACUACCCCGACCACUCCCUUGGAGGGGACUGGGGGUGAUAUAGGGUCAGGGGUACGUGAUAUUGACAAAGAUAUUGACACAGAUACAACAGGUAUGGCCACCUGUAUGCUCUGCACCUGCCUGGUUGGAUCUGUGUACUGUGAUGACCUUAAGUUGGACCGUGUUCCUCCUCUCUCCAAAGAAACCACUCAUUUCUAUGCCCGCUACAACAAAAUUGCUAGGAUCAGCAAGUCUGACUUCGCCAACCUGAAUAAAUUAAAUAGGAUCGAUCUGACUAGCAAUGGCAUUUCCAGGAUUGAUGAUGAUGCUUUCUUUGGCCUUCCUGCUCUGGAGGAGUUGAUAUUACGAGAGAAUAGUAUUAGACAACUUCCUGCUCUGCCACCCUCUAUGACCCUUAUUGAUGCCUCUCACAACCAGCUGGGCAGCACUGGCAUUCAGAGAGAAGCUUUCAAGGACAUGCCAGGGCUACUUUACCUUUAUUUGACAGACAACAACAUAGACCACAUCCCAGUUCCUUUGCCUGACAGUCUGCGCUCUCUGCACCUACAGAAUAACAAUAUCCAAAUGAUGCACGAGGACACCUUCUGCAAUCCGCAUGACUUGAAUUACAUCCGCAACGCUCUUGAGGAUGUUCGCCUGGACGGUAAUCCCAUCAACCUCAGCAGAACCCCACAGGCCUACAUAUGUUUGCCACGUAUCCCUGUUGGUGCCCUUAUUUAAGCUGGAAAAACGCACACUCAAAUGCACGCGUACAAAACUCACACGUAUGCACAUGCAUCAAAACUCCUCUGUGCGUACCUCUCUCUCUCUUUUUUUUUUUUACUUUGGGCUCAAGCAAACACUUGGAUAUGAAUGGCUGUCUGUAAAGGAGGUUGGCAUAAAUACAUAAUCUCACACUCUCACAGGAGUUCUGGUGGACACCUCCAACUCUACGCUGCUUGUGUUUCUACCUUUUGA